AUGAAUCCACAGUUCACUGCUAGCAUCAACGCAGUCCAACAAACCCUGGAGCGUCUGAGCGCCGAAUUGGUCAGCAGCCUCAAGGACGACGCUGACACCAAUCCGCAAAAGGCAGAAGUAAUCGAAGAUCAUUUCGCCACAAUCAAGCUGGUAUCGGCCGAUGCCGAUUUAUUGGGCUGUUUAUCGUUGUAUUCUCAAACUAUGGAAGCAGAAAAGUACGAACGGAAACUGCUAGUUCGCCGUCUGAAACAAGAAAAUAGUUUGCUGCGUGCUGAUCUAGCAGAUAUUCAACAACAAUUCCAAGCGAAGUCAGCAGCCCUGGCUGGGCUGGAAGAGGAAGCAGAACACCUGGAGUUUAUGGCCUCUUUGCCUGGAAGUGAUAAACCGCUGUUCGAUGACUCGAGCUCUUCUUUAGACCUAGGAUUCUCUUCGGAUGAAGAAUGUGGUUCUUCAGCCUCUAUAAGUCUAAGUGAUAUUUUCGAUACGUCUCUAAUUCUAAGUGAAAUUUAUGAUCCCAAAGAAUUUUCAAAGUUGCGCAUGAUACAAAACUUGGCCAUUGAGUAUGCUGGAAUUAAAUGUUACGAAGUAGCUAUUCCUCUGUGUGCGCUAGCACUGGAUGAACUAGAGAGGAUCGUUGGUCGUGAACACCCCGACACAGCACGCAUGCUGAAUCUUCUUGCGUGCUUAUGUCGAGAUAAGGGCAUGUACAAGCGGGCAACACAGGUGAUGAACGAAGUCUUAGCUAUUCGAGAGAAGACUCUAGAGGAAACGCAUCCUGAGAUGGUUGCGACUUUGAACAACCUGGGUGUCCUAUAUGGAAUUUUGGACAUGCAUCGAGAAGCGGAGUCUUUCUGUAAGCGUGCUUUAGCACUCCGUGAAGAGGUUUUGGGUAAUAAUCACCCAGACGUUGCAAAGCAGCUCACUAAUUUGGCGAUAAUCUACCGCAACCAGGCCAAAUAUAAAAAAGAAGAACGCUGCUAUAAACGAGCACUGCAGAUAUAUGAGACCUCGUUGGGAAAAAAUGAUCCCCUCGUUGCAAACGCGAGGGACAAUUUGGCCAAAUGCUACCACAACCAAGGAAAGUUGCAACAUGCGAAGGCACAGUACAGAAAGGUACUAACCAGAGCGCACGAGAACGAAUUUGGCACCGAUGCCAGUAAACCCAAGUGGAAAGUAUUGAAGCAUGGCGAAAAGAAACCUCGCCACGAACCGGCGUACGACGAAUUCGGUAGCUGGCACGAAAUGACCCUAGUAAGUAGGCCAACGGUUCUGACAACGCUGGAAAGUCUUGGGUCGAUAUGCUACGAACAGACGGAACUGGCGAACUCAAAACUUCUCACCGAUGAGAAUAAAGAGAAUCCAUAUAAGCCACCCAAUGGUGUGUCUCCGAAUUAUCCUGAACUUCUCACACCAACUGGGGGUCCCACAACUCGGCACGACAGUAGCGUCGAGAUAACUGCUCUUGAGCGGAAUCCAUCUUGA